CUGCCCUACAACGACUACGCGACCAUCGACUGGCUGCACGAGCUGGCCAGGGACUCGGCGCGGCUGCGGUCCGCCCGGGAGCGGUGGGGCGCGGGCGGCCUGCGCGGCGGCCUCGCGCGGUGGUGGGAAGGGGCGCAGGGGUGGGUCGCCGCGGGCGUCAUCGGGGUCCUGACGGCCCUGGUGGCGGCGGGGGUCGACGUCGCGGUCGCCCUGGCCGCGGACUGGAAGGAGGGGUACUGUGCCUGGAACCCCUUGCUGGAGAGGGGCAGGUGCUGCGGGAGGGAGGUCAGGCGGCCGGACGGGGACGGCGGAGGACAGGCGUGCGAGGACUGGAGGAGCUGGGGCGGUGCGGAUUGGGCCAGGGGUUAUGCCGUCUACGUCGCUUUCGCGUUGCUGUUUGGCCUCGUGGCUGGUAACGUCACCAUGUUGACGAGGGCGAAGCUGCCGGCUGUGGAGCAGGAGGAAGAAAUAGACGGCGAGGCCGACGAGACAGAACCGAGGAACAGAGGAAAGAGCGACGGAGGCGGUAAGAUGAUGUACAUGGCCGCAGGAUCGGGCAUACCCGAGAUCAAAACGAUCCUCUCGGGCUUCGUCAUACCGCAUUUCCUGGACCUGAAGGUCCUGCUGGUCAAGGCGGUCGGGGCGACGUUCGCAGUGGCCACGGGUAUGUGUCUUGGCAAGGAAGGGCCGUUUGUGCACAUCUCGACCUGUGUCGGGUACAUCGUUGCUCAAUGGUUUCCAAAAUACGGCGCAAAUGACAAGAAGCUCAGAGAAAUGCUGUCCGUGGCCUGCAGUGCUGGUCUGAGCGUCGCGUUUGGCGCGCCGAUUGGCGGUGUGUUGUUCAGCUACGAAGAAAUCAGCACGUACUUCCCACGCCGAGUCCUCUGGAAGUCCUUCCUUUGUUCGAUGGUGGCAGCAGUCACUCUCAAGCAGCUGAAUCCUACCGGGACAGGGAAGCUGGUGCUCUUCGAGACGAACUACGGCACCAACUAUGAGCCGGUUCAUUAUCUCGUAUUCGUCAUUCUCGGUAUAGCUGGUGGCAUCUUCGGUGGUGUUUUCUGCCAAGCCAACUUUCUCUGGUCCAAGCAUUUCCGGAAAUACAGUCUCAUCAAAAACCACCCGGUAUUGGAAUUGACUCUGGUCGUAUUGGUGACUGCCGUUUUGCAGUUCCCUAAUCGCAUGAUCCGUGACACGGGUGACGUGGUCAUGUCGAAGCUAUUGGUGGAUUGCAACAGGCCCCAGGAAGAUUCGUGGCUCUGCGCUCAGGAAUGGAGCGAACACAAGGGGAUGUACUACUUCUGGCUCAUCGAGGGGACACUCAUCAAGCUCGUUUUGACCAUCAUUACCUUCGGCUGCAAGGUGCCCUCUGGCAUCAUCAUUCCAGCGCUGGAUGCAGGAGCUCUGUUCGGGCGCCUGGUCGGGCAGCUCCCGUUUCUGUUCCAUUCGAUCUCGCCUGGGAUAUUUGCCAUGGUCGGCAGCGCUGCCUUCCUCGCGGGCGUAAGCAGGAUGACAGUCAGUCUGACGGUAAUCAUGUUUGAGCUGACAGGCGAGGUGAAUUACAUACUGCCGUUCAUGAUGGCAAUCUUGACUGCCAAGUGGGUUGCGGACGCCAUAUCAUUAGAGAGCGUGUACGAUCUCGCGCAGCACGUUCUGGGCCACCCGUUUCUGGACCCGGAACAUGCACUUCAGCUCGUGCGGGAAAACGGAGGCACAGUGGAAGAUCUGAUCCCGCCCAGACGGACGAUGGAGGAGAUUACCCUGCAUGUGGGCGCCGAGUACAAGAUUUCAAGAACUACAAUAGAAGGCAAGCUGAAGCAGCUCAAGGCAAGAGGUCUAAUGGACGCCGGCCUUGUGCUCGUGACCGAAAAGGGUACCUGCCACGGCUACUUGCCCGAAUCAGAGCUGGAAUUCGGGCUUUCGCUGCUGGAGGGAGGACAGAGCGAAGUGGAUCUGCUCGAAGGUCCCCUGAGCGACUUUGUAGACAAAGCUCCGCUGACAAUCUGCAAGGGCUCGCCAGUUGAAAUGGCGGUGGAGAUGUUUGGUAAACUGGGACUCCGGUUCCUGAUUGUCGUGGAAGAAGAUACUGCUCGGGUGUUGGGCGUCAUUAUCAAGAAACGGUUGGUUAGCUAUGUAGAUCGGUUAAAG